AUUGCAGAGGCUUCAGGCCGCGCAGAGCACACUGAUCCGCCUUUUUACAGCUAGACCUGUGUGCAGCAAGGAGCGAAGACCCUCAGUGUCCCCUUCCUUACCCAGGUUCCUCACAGAAUGGAUUCCCAGCGGGAGCUUGCAGAGGAACUCCGGCUUUACCAAUCCACCCUUCUUCAGGAUGGUCUAAAAGAUCUCCUGGAAGAGAAAAAAUUCAUCGAUUGCACCUUAAAAGCAGGUGAUAAAAGUCUUCCUUGCCACAGACUGAUACUGUCUGCUUGUAGUCCUUACUUCCGUGAGUAUUUUUUAUCUGAAAUUGAGGAGGAGAAAAAAAAGGAGGUAGUACUAGAUAACGUGGAUCCUGCUAUCCUGGAUUUGAUCAUCAAAUAUCUGUACUCUGCCAGUAUCGAUCUCAAUGACGGAAAUGUGCAAGACAUCUUCGCCCUGUCCAGCCGCUUCCAGAUCCCCUCAGUCUUCACCGUCUGUGUGUCUUACCUUCAGAAAAGACUGGCUCCCGGUAACUGUCUGGCCAUCCUGAGACUGGGGCUUCUUCUUGACUGCCCGAGACUCGCCAUUUCUGCCCGGGAGUUUGUGUCAGAUCGCUUUGUGCAGAUUUGUAAGGAAGAAGACUUCAUGCAGCUGUCCCCGCAGGAACUGAUCUCGGUCAUUUCAAAUGACAGUCUCAAUGUAGAAAAGGAGGAAGUAGUGUUUGAGGCGGUGAUGAAAUGGGUGCGGACAGACAAAGAAAACAGGGCGAAAAGUCUUAGUGAAGUGUUUGAUUGUAUCCGUUUUCGCCUUAUGGCAGAAAAAUACUUCAAAGAUCAUGUCGAGAAGGACGACAUAAUUAAAAGCAACCCAGAAGUCCAGAAAAAAAUCCAAGUUCUAAAAGAUGCUUUCGCAGGCAAACUCCCGGAACCUAGCAAAAAUGCAGAGAAGGCAGGGACAGGCGAGGUGAAUGGCGAUGUUGGUGAUGAAGACUUACUUCCUGGUUACCUGAAUGAUAUUCCCAGACAUGGCAUGUUUGUUAAAGAUCUCAUCCUCUUGGUCAAUGACACAGCUGCUGUGGCUUACGACCCCACGGAAAACGAAUGUUACCUUACUGCCCUAGCAGAGCAGAUCCCCAGAAAUCAUUCCAGUAUUGUUACCCAACAAAAUCAGGUCUACGUGGUGGGAGGACUGUAUGUGGAUGAAGAAAAUAAAGAUCAGCCCUUACAGUCAUACUUCUUCCAGCUUGAUAGCAUAACAUCUGAGUGGGUGGGACUUCCACCUCUGCCAUCAGCCAGGUGUCUCUUUGGUCUGGGAGAGGUGGGUGACAAAAUCUAUGUGGUUGCCGGCAAAGACCUUCAGACAGAGGCUUCCCUGGACUCCGUCUUAUGCUAUGAUCCCGUGGCUGCAAAAUGGAGUGAAGUGAAAAAUCUUCCUAUUAAAGUUUAUGGCCAUAAUGUGAUCUCACAUAAUGGGAUGAUAUACUGUCUAGGCGGGAAGACGGACGACAAAAAGUGUACAAACAGGGUGUUUAUCUACAACCCAAAAAAGGGAGACUGGAAAGAUCUGGCUCCGAUGAAGACCCCUCGUUCCAUGUUUGGAGUGGCGAUCCAUAAAGGCAAAAUUGUAAUCGCGGGAGGGGUCACCGAGGAUGGUCUUUCAGCAUCGGUUGAAGCGUUCGACCUCAAGACCAAUAAAUGGGAAGUGAUGACAGAAUUUCCUCAAGAAAGAAGCUCCAUCAGUCUGGUGAGCCUGGCCGGAUCCCUGUAUGCCAUCGGUGGUUUUGCGAUGGUUCAACUGGAAUCCAAAGAGUUUGCGCCCACUGAAGUCAAUGACAUAUGGAAGUAUGAAGAUGAUAAGAAAGAAUGGGCUGGGAUGUUGAAGGAAAUACGUUACGCUUCCGGAGCUAGCUGCCUAGCAACACGCUUAAAUCUGUUCAAACUGUCUAAACUAUAAACAAGGUCACAAAAACAAUGGCUUAAGAGGUGGCUUGUUGGGACAAGAGGGCUAUAAUGUAUUGUCUUUCUUUAAGCCUGUACAAUGAUUCAUGUAGUCUCUAAUGUAGCAGAAUCUCAGUCACGGCUUUUUCCAGUGCUGAGGAUAAAACCAUUUGCUAAGAAUUUUAGUAUUCAGUUGAACAAUGUACUUUUGUUAAACUUUACUCAAAGAAGUGAGCUUUCUAAAUCUGAGCUGUUUACUUAUCCUUUGUAUUCUUAAGGUACAUUUACACUUGUUUUUUUAUUAUCUAUGAAAUGCAUAUGUCUACAUUCUAAAGAAAUGUUCGAAUAACAGAAACCUUUCUCCUGUUUUGAGCUAUGAUAGGAAUCUUGAGCAUUUUAAUAAUGAAGACGAUUGGAAAUGCUGUUUAAGAAGUAUAAUAAAUGAGUCUCAUCUGAAGGGAAGAGUGUCUA